GUGGCUAGUUCAGUACGGUCUCGCGCGAUUUCGACACGUCAGAAUAUUUUUAAGAAUAAUUGUUUUUUGUGAAGAUAUUUGCACAGUUGUUGGCCUGCAUUGGGCACAAGUGGGAAGUACACGACAGAAACACACACUCGCAGCCAUGGCGCAGAACGUGGCCUUGCUGGGAUUGGCACUGAUUGCGAUUUCCGCCUCGAUUGUCGCCCUGCCCGUGACGCAGAAUAAGAAGGAUCACAAGGAGGCAGCGGAGUCCUCCACUCCGGCCACCGCCGACGUGGAAACGGCCCUGGAGUACGAGCGCUACCUGCGGGAGGUGGUCGAGGCCCUUGAGGCGGACCCCGAGUUCCGUAAGAAGCUGGACAAGGCGCCCGAGGCCGACAUUCGGAGUGGCAAGAUCGCACAGGAGCUGGACUACGUGAACCACCAUGUGCGGACCAAGCUGGACGAGAUCAAGCGCCGCGAAGUGGAGCGUCUGCGGGAGCUGGCGAAUCAAGCAUACGAGCUGUCCAACGACAUUGACCGGAAGCACCUGAAGGUGUCUCAGCAUCUGGACCACGAUAACGAGCAUACCUUCGAGAUCGAAGAUCUGCGAAAGCUAAUUCAGAAGACCUCCGACGAUCUGGCCGAGGCGGACCGCAAGCGACGUGGCGAGUUCAAGGAGUACGAAAUGCAGAAAGAGUUUGAGCGGGAGGCGCAGAAAAAGGAGAUGGAUGAGGAGUCGCGGAAGAAGUUUGAGGCCGAGGUCAAGGAGAAGGAAGAAAAGCAUAAGAACCACGAGAAGCUGCACCACCCCGGCAACAAGGCCCAACUAGAGGAUGUGUGGGAGAAGCAGGACCACAUGGACAAGAACGACUUUGAUCCGAAGACCUUCUUCUCCAUCCACGACGUCGACAGCAACGGCUACUGGGACGAGGCUGAGGUCAAAGCUCUGUUUGUCAAGGAACUGGACAAGGUCUAUCAGAGUGAUCUGCCCGAGGACGAUAUGAGGGAGCGAGCAGAGGAAAUGGAGCGUAUGCGCGAGCACUACUUUCAGGAGACGGACAUGAACCACGACGGACUGAUCAGCAUCGACGAGUUCAUGGUGCAGACUAACAAGGAAGAAUUCCAAAAGGACCCUGAAUGGGAGACCAUCGACCGACAGCAGCAGUAUACACACGAGGAGUAUCUGGAGUACGAACGCCGGCGGCAGGAGGAAGUGCAGCGCUUGAUUGCUCAGGGCCAGCUGCCGCCGCACCCGAAUAUGCCACAGGGAUACUAUGCUGCUCCACCACCAGGAGGCGUGGCCUACCAACAGGCACCACAGGGCGCCCAACUGCACUACCAGCAUCCUGACCAAGUACACGCCCAGCAGCAACAGCAAUAUGCACAGCAGCAACAGCAAUACGCCCAGCAAUACCAACAGCAGCAGUACGGAAACGGACAGCAGCCUGUGCAGCUGCAACCCAACCAAGUUUACCAGCACGCUGGACAGAUCCCGCAGCAACAACAACCGGUGUACCAAAAUCAGCCUGUUUAUCAGCAACAGCAGCCUGUCUAUCAGCAGCAACAGCCAGUGCAGCAGCAGCAACAGCCGGUGCAACAGCAGCAACAACCUGUGCAACAGCAGCAGCAGCCUGUGCAACAGCAGCAGCAGCCUGUGCAACAGCAGCAGCAACCAGUUCAGCAGCAGCAGCAAACUGUGCAGCAGCAGCAGCAGCAGCAACCAGUACAGCAGCAGCAGCAAACUGCCCAACAGCAACCCGUAGCACAACAAGUCCACAAUCAGAGUCCUCCGCCCGUUCAGAAUCAACAGGUGCCAGUGCAGCAGCAACAGAAACAGCAUCAAGAAUCAUUAAAUCAGCAACACUAAGCAUUCCCUUGCUAACGCAUUUCUUUUGGGUCAUGUAAGCAAAGCAUUACACACUUCUGUUAACGAGAACACAAUGUGAUUGGACUGAAAUAGCUCACUAAAGUCAAUAUCUCACUAUAGUUAUGUAGCAAAUUUACGAUGAAGUAACUGAUUGUCGCAACGGCUAACGCAUUGUCUUUUACAUUUUAUACUUCAUUCUUUUUAUACUCUUUUUUUCGCUUUUCCAGUAGCUCUGCAUUUGCGUGAUGCAUUUCUCUAACGAAUUUUGUGUACAUAUGAGUUUAUACCUGAACAUCAAAAACAAAAUAAAUGAAAUGAAACGAAA